AUGGUGAAUCAUGGUGAUAGCCUCGUGGAUCAAGAUCCUGCUGCCAAGCCACCCGUUGAUGGCACCCAGGGCCCAAGUGCUGUAAACAAAGUAGCGCCACAAGAAGUGUCUCUAGAAGAAGAGGUCAGAAGUCAGCGUCAGAUGAUUGACCAGUUGGCGUCAAAGCUUGACCAGUUCAUUGAGCUCAUGAUGAACAACCAAGGAGUUCCUCCACAAGGCGUGUUGCAGCGAGUGGUGGAUCCGCAAGAGGAGGAACUUCAGGUGGGCCCUCCUGCUAGGGUGCCCUUAAAUGAUGUGCCUCAACAUGACCCCAACGCACAAGCUCGGCCUUGGGUUAGCCCUGCUGGUUCUGCCAACGCAGUACCACGCGCGGUUAUGCUGAAGGACUACCACGACAUGGUCGGGGAUAUGGUGGACAAGAAGUUGAAGCAAAUGGCGAUAGAUCAAACCCCUCGCACCUCCGAGAGUGAGCUGGAGAAGCCUUACGAGGCGUGGCAUGACAUGAUGGCGUAUCCCGCAGGGUGGCACCCACCAAAGUUCCGUCAAUUUGAUGGAACCGGUGAUGCAAGGGAGCACUUGGCGUACUUCGAGGCGGCAUGCGGCGACACAGCAAACAGCCCGUCACUUCUCCCUCGCCAAUUUUCAGGGUCGUUAACCGGGCCCGCCUUCCAUUGGUACAGCCGUUUACCGGUUGGGUCCAUCGGGAGUUGGGCGGCCAUGAAGGAGGUUUUCAAGAAGCACUUCGUCGCCAUGAAGAAGGACUUCUCCGUUGUCGAGCUGGCGCAAGUCCGACAACGACAAGAUGAGUCCAUUGAUGACUAUAUCAUCCGCUUCCGCAACAGUUAUGUGCGUCUCGCCAGGGAGAUGCACCUCGAGGAUGCCAUUGAGAUGUGUGUCCACGGGAUGCAGCAACAUUGGUCACUUGAAGUCUCUCGGCGUGAGCCUAGAACUUUUAGUGCCCUCAGCACGGCGGUAGCGGCCACGAAGCUUGAGUUUGAGAAGUCACCGCAGAUAAUGGAGCUCUAUAAGAAUGCCAGUGCAUUUGAUCCCGCCAAGCAUUUCGCCUCGACGACCAAGCAAAUCAACAACGGUAGCAGGGCAAAGGCACCAGCCGAAACAAACACCACCAAGGUCUUCUCGUCUGCACCGCAAGGCCAUGUGCUCAUCUUAGGUGCAAGGGGUGAACAAGCCGGAGGGAGGCAACGCCCGUCGAUGCAGGAACUCCUCAAGAAGCAGUACGUCUUCCGUCGGGAGCUCGUCAAGGACAUGUUUGACCAGUUGAUGGAGCAUCGAGCCUUGAACUUACCAGAGCCUCGGAGGCCUGCUCAGGUGAGGAUGACAGAUAAUCCUUUAUUUUGCCCAUAUCACAGGUAUGUGGGACAUGUCAUUGAAGAUUGUGUCAUGUUCAAAGGAUGGCUCCAAAGAGCAAUUAAUGAGAGGAGGAUCAACCUCGACCCAGAAGCUAUCAACCCAGAUUACCAUGCAGUGAACAUGGUGAGCAUGAAGUUACUGUCUCCGCCAAGUGAAGACACGGAGCUUGAAGAAACAUGGGUGCCACUGGCCCAAGUUGAAGACCAGCUAUCCAACCUCGUCCUGUCCAAGACGCAGGCAUCUCCCUUUUGGCCGCAGGUGACCCCAACCGUUGCCGAGGAGGAGCUUUGGAGGACGGUGUGCCGAAGGCCGUACGCAAGGAGGCCUCCACCCUGA